GACAAAACACCAGGAGCAGAUCAAGAUGAGCGAUCCAACAGCAAGUUGAGAAACUCUUCGCAUCUCCAAUCCGUCAAAAUGAGCACCAGUACUGGAACCGAUAAGAUCGGAACUCUCCUCUACUCACCGACCUCCCCCUUCGUCCGCAAGAUCAUCACCGCAUCCCGCGAACUUGGCAUUCUCCACCGCCUCACCAUCACACGUCUCCCCAUCGGUCCACUCCUCACUGACGCAGAGAUCUGGUCUCACAACCCCUUGGGCAAAGUUCCCUGUCUGAUCAUCGAGAAGGAUGACGACGAGGACGACGACGAUGAGGUCUUGUUCCCAUCCCCGGUGGUGUUGCGAUACCUCGAUGUUGAGGGCCGAAUGACAGUCGCCGGCCGUGACGGGAAUGGCGGGACUAAGGAAGAAAGGUUGAAGGAGCUGCAACUCGAGGCUUUGUGUGACGGGAUCUUGGACGCGAUGGUCCUCGUCCACUACGAACUCACCAUCCGCCCCGAAUCCACGCCCUCCCAAACCCCCUGGCAAUCCUGGAUCGACGGCCAAACCUCCAAGGCCCGCCGCGGCCUCCACCUCCUCGCCUCCCGCGUCCGAGACGGCACCAUCACGACUCCCAAACCGGACCAAAUCAUGAAUGUUGUGCAAAUUAGUUUAGCGGCGGUGUUGUGGUGGUUGCAGCGUAGGUUUCCGGAGGAGGGGUGGUUGGAGGAUGAGGAGAUGGGGGUGUUGAAGGAGUGGGAGGAGGUGGUUAAGAAGAGGGAGAGUAUGGCGCCGGAGCCGGAGAUGGAGUUUGGAGAGAGUGUGGUUGUGGAGAAGGGACCCAAUGGUGAUGAGAAGAUUGUUCAGGUGUGAUCGUACGAACGGAAACUUAAAUGAAGUGGAUAUACUUAUCUGACGUUCUUGAAUGGUAAUUGCAACUGUAGGGUAACCCUAAACGUCUGAAUCCUUCGAUACCUCC